AGGGAAGCACCGGCUGUGCGUGCGGUACUGGUGGCUCUGGAUCAAUGUGGCUUCCGAACGGUGAUGGUUGAAAAAACACAACCAGGACCAUUUGGAUUCUACAUAGCCACGGGGGUGAUGAACGGUCAACGAGAUUUUCUCAAAGCUAUCCUUUGUGCAGGACAUCUCGGAAUAGACGAUUACGACUAUAAUUGA